GCUCGACUGGUCCAGUUCGUUCGUCGCAAACCACAUUUUUACAUCCACACCGCGCGCACCUUCAAGAGCGAUAUGUACUCAUUUCGAACGCCUGCUUCUGAGUCGGAUAUCGGAGGAUAACAUGUCGGACAUGCGGAUGUCAAGAAGACUCGAUGGAUGUUUGAGAAGACCACCGACGUCCUGUUCUCCUCGCAGGUCCAGCGUCUGCCCGCGGAUGUCUCGGCCAGUUGAGCGAUAUUGAAGAGAUAGUCCUGGCGCUAAUCAUAAGAUAGUAGCAUGUAUAGUGCCAUCAACGUUCGACCCCUCCGCACAACCCCCGGACGCUAACACCUUCUUUUUCUUUUUCUUUUCUUGUCCCAUCGCGUAGGAUUCCCUUCCUCACGUCGACCCGGUGCCGUAUAGGACAACUUUGGCUGUUGACUUUCUCUCUGUGGUCUGCGUCGUUGAUCAAGCUUUCGCGUUCGUUGACAGGAGGAAGGGAGCCUCAGUCCAGGUUUAGCUACUGUUUGGGCUGUGUUGAUUAGAAUGCGGUCGGGGCCUCCACCAUUGAGAGUGCGUCGUUCGCGGAGACGAUGGCUGCUCUGCUGUGUUAUUAGUUUAUUCCUGCUCAUUAUGACCGGCGGUCAAUGGAUCCAUCCCCGGAGCUUGCACAUCUUCGACGCGCCAUCAUUCUUUCCCACUACCACCGUCACGGUCUACGAGUACGUCGAGGCCACACCGAAACCUACACCAGUCGCCGUUCUUCCUAAGGUGCAAGAGCACUUAGCCGCAAGAGCACCGCCGGAAUGCGAGGUCAAGCCUUUGGAGUUAGCAAAGCCCAAACACUUCAGACUUAGCGACUCCUUAUUCCCGCUUUCUGAGAAGAAUAGCGAAUCAUGGGCGAGCGAGAAUAAUAGGAUGAUUAAGGAUCUGUUCAGGUGUUUGGAGGAUGAUUGUGCCGUGAACCAGGACAAGGUCGUAAUUCUGGGCUCGUAUCAUUUCCGUGGCGCACUGGCAGGAUGGACGGGUGGCGAAGACUUGUGGUCGCGAUCUACGAUACAAGCCCUGCAGAACAUGAACUACACGAUCCUCUACUCGCUCAAUACCGACCGGGCCGUACAGUUGUACCAGACCUUUCCUCGGCUAGUCAAGGCUGUUUUCCUUGAACCACCAGAUGUAUGGGAAUGUUAUAGAGAUGAGGAGAGUUGCGUCCAGUCUGAACGCAACCCCCAUGGGAUACCGAUAUGGAAGUUAUUCAGCUGGCACUUCUGGGCGCAUAUCGACCACCCUCUUGGUCCGAAAUGGACUCUCAACCCGGAACCCUACAACAUGGACAUCCCCUGGAGCAUAAACACCCACGUCGGCUACUCCGUCCAGCUCUCUUGUCUCGCCCAUUCCUUUGUCCCUCCCUCUGAACGGAAGAAUCAGGCAUAUGCGAUGGCCAAACGCCUCAAAUACUUCUCCAACAUCCCGGAAAAAGCCUGGGAUGCCGAUUUCUAUACGGCUGCUGUAGAGGAAACUGGCAUCAAUAUCAUUGUGGGAGCUUCGAACGAACCGAACCUGGACAAGGGCCUGCAGGUUACGCUUCCGGAGGGCUUGACAAAUAUAGGGCUGUUGCCGCAGCAUGAGUUUUUGGAGGAGAUAGCACAUUCGAAGGUGUUGAUCGGAGUUGGACAGCCGUAUACAUCUCCUACACCGUAUGAAGCUCUAUGUCUAGGCGUACCGUUCAUUAAUCCCAUACUUCAAUGGGACGCAAAUGACCCCGACAACCGUCGGAAGUGGGUAAGCCAACACAGUAUGCUCAAGUACCUCGACCCACCCUACGUCUACAACGUCCGCAAAGACGACAAAGAAGGCUUCGUAGCCGCCAUCCAAGACGCGGCGGAUGACCCCAUAGGGCGAUAUAUCGAACCGCGGAUGGAGUUGAAGGCGGUGCAGGACAGGUUGGCCGAUAUUUUGGAGAGGGAUUGGGAGGAGGAGUGGUGGAGUUUGGGCGAUGAUGAAGGGUCGGGUUGAAUUUUGGUCUGAUAUCGUUAUUUCUGCAUCAUGGUUUUUCGGACUUUUGGUGAGUGAGCGGCGCUUUGAUCGAUGUCAUUGCUUUGGGCGCAUUGACGAACGUCGUGGAUUACAGACUGCUUCAUUUAUGUGCCUGAUAUACACUACGAACACACGACAUAUCCACGCUAUCCACAGGAUCUUUCACAAUAUAUUUCUUGUUGUAUUA